GAGAGAGAUGUCGUCGUUUGCACACUUGAAGAUCUUCUUCGUCUUCCUCUUCUUAUCUGUUCAUCUAUCCGUCGCCGUAAGUCGCCACAUAAUCAAUUUCCAAUCACCAAAUCUUUUCCCAGAAGGGUUAGCUUGGGAUCCAAGAGACCAGCACUUCGUGGUUGGUUCUCUUCAUGAUCGUUCAAUUAAAACCGUCUCCGACGCCGGCGUCGUAGAAACUCUCAUCUCCGACAUCGACCUUCCACCCGAAGUCGCCAUCGUCGGCGUCGCUGUCGAUUCCGGAAAGCGCCGUCUCCUUGCCGUUAUCCACGCCGUUGAUCCUCACCCUCCCUUCGACGCUCUCGCCGCCUAUGACCUCCGUUCUCGCCAACGUCUAUUCCUCGCCCCUCUCACCGAUCCCAUCUCCUCCGACCGUCAAUUCGCUAACGCCGUCACCGUCGAUUACAACGGCAACGCUUACGUCACCAAUUCCGCCGGCAACUUCAUCUGGAAAGUCAGCGUCAACGGAGAACCGUCCAUCUUGUCAAGAUCGGAUCUCUUUACUUCCCAACACGUGUAUCGCGAUGAACCCUACAAUUUCUGCGGACUUAAUGGAAUUGCUUACGUCAACGGUGGGUAUCUUCUCGUCGUGCAGAGCAACACCGGAAAAUUAUUCAAAGUCGACACCGAAGACGGCAGAGCUCGGCUGGUGUUGUUAGAGAAGGAAUUAAAGGGGGCCGAUGGGAUUGCCGUUAGACUUGACGGCACUCUGGUAGUCGUUUCGCUGCAUAAAGCUUGGUUUGUCAGAAGCAGGGAUGGUUGGGGAGAAGCAGUGGUAUAUGACGAAACUGACCUUGAUGCCGAUAGGUUUCCUACUUCUGUUACGAUUAGAGAGAAUAAUAGGGCUUAUGUGGUAUACGGGCAGGUGGAUAAGGGUAUGGAUGGAAAUGUGGAGAUAUCUAAGUUUAGUAUAGAAGAAAUAGUGUCGGCUGUGGAUAACAAAGAGGAGACUAUUUGGAUAUAUGUUUUGAUUGGGCUGGGCUUAGCUUAUUUCACCUAUUGGAGGUUUCAAAUGGGUCGGCUUGUUAAAGACAUGAACAAGAAACUUGCCUAAAGGACAAUAGCACUGCUAAGAAAUUUUUUUU